AUGGAACCGGGGUGCCUUCAGAAGAACUGGUGUGGGCCCAGGGGUGCCAACCUUGCCUGGAGUGGGUUUGGGUGGAACACUUCCAGUGGUCUCUGUUGUGGAGUUGUGCUUGGGCUCAGAGUGCUGCCUUCGCCAGUCGGUCCAGCUGUGCUUGGGGUCGAUCCAAUAGAAGGAACUGGAGUGCCUUCAGAAGAACUGGGGGUUGGCCCAGGGGUGCCAACCUUACCUGGAGUGGGUUUGGGUGGAACACUUCCAGUGGUCUCUGUUGCGGAGGUUGUGCUUGGGCUCAGAGUGCUGCCUUCGCCAGUCGGUCCAGCUGUGCUUGGGGUCGAUCCAAUAGAAGGAACUGGAGUGCCUUCAGAAGAACUGGGUGUUGGCCCUGGGGUGCCAACCUUCCCGGGGUGGGUCUGGGUGGAACACUACCAGAGUCUCUGUUGUGACAACUGUGCUAGGGCUCAGAGUGCUGCCUUCCCCGUGGGACCAGCCGUGCUUGGUGUCGAACCAACAGAUGGAACCGGGGUGCCUUCAGAAGAACUGGGUGUGGGCCCAGGGGUGCCAACCUUGCCUGGAGUGGGUUUGGGUGGAACACUUCCAGUGGUCUCUGUCGUGGAGGUUGUGCUUGGGCUCAGAGUGCUGCCUUCGCCAGUCGGUCCAGCUGUGCUUGGGGUCGAUCCAAUAAAAGGAACUGGAGUGCCUUCAGAAGAACUGGGUGUUGGCCCUGGGGUGCCAACCUUUCCCGGGGUGGGUCUGGGUGGAACACUACCAGAGGUCUCUGUUGUGACAACUGUGCUAGGGCUCAGAGUGCUGCCUUCCCCGGUGGGACCAGCCGUGCUGGUGUCGAAACAACAGAUGGCACUGGAGUGCCUUCAGAAGAACUGGGGGUUGGCCCUGGAGUACCAACCUUACCUGGAGUGGGUUUGGGUGGAACACUUCCAGAUGUUGUGGAGGUGCUACCAAUUGAAGGAGAAUGAGUCGUUUCAGACCCAGAAGUUGGGCUCAGGGUAUCCCCCUCAAUAG